CAGAACAAUGAGACUAACCCCGGUUACCCCGGUAACGCUGGUUACCCCGGUAACGCUGGUCACUCCGGUAACACUGGUACUGCUAACAGUCCUGCUCUCCCUUUCUCAGAGCACCCUUACACCUCCACUAGACAAAGGAGUCGUUGUGAAAGUAUCAGAGGAACUUAUCAGGGACAUAGCACGUGCCAUCACUGACAAAGCAGUCGGGGAUAUCAAGGACCUAAUGAUGUCAGGAGAAAUAAGAGAGAGCGGAGUAAAGUUCGAGUACUGGCACCUCCGGUUCACUAGCCUGACCAUGUCUCCUACUGUGGAUCUCACUAAAGAUCCGACACGUGACAAAAUACUGCUGGACGGUACAAUACGAGGUGACCUAAGCGCAGCAGCUCGGUGGAGGGCCACUAAGAAAACCUGGAUUUACGACUUUCUGUUUGACGGCGGCGUGACUGUGAGUUCGAGUGGAUACGACAUUACUGCCAGAGUUAUACUAGGAGAGAACGAGGAGGGAGUGGUAGGGUUCACACACGACCCAGGUGCCUGCAGUGUGGAUCUGGGAGGACUGGACCUGAACUUUACUGGCAGCAAACUCAGCUGGCUCAUCAACCUCUUUAUCGGUUUCUUCGAGGGAGAGAUAAGAGACGUGCUCGAACACUACAUCUGCAUAGAGAUAAACGAAAAGGUGAAGGAAGGAGCCAGUGAACUGGAGAAUGCCGUAUUUGAUAGAUACGACUUUGUUCACAUUCUAGGACACAGAGUAGAGAUAAACAACAGGCCGACCAGAGUGACAGGCGGAGACUCGUGUCUUAUUGUUACUGGACUCGGGGAGACAGAUCUGGAGAUGGAGGACAGGAAUGAAACUGAAACAGCACCUUUUUUCCCGCCUACUAAACCUCCUAAGGAGGAGGAUGAGGAUAAGAAUGAGUUUGAGACGACAGGAACGACAGAGUUCACGACAGGUUUCACUUCUUCGUCCAGUCUUGUGUACCUGGAGACACUGCCCUCCCCUCCCUCUACUAGCGGUAUGGUGGAGAGGAGGAGGAGGAGGGAUACUAUAGUGGAGAGGAGGAGGAGGAGAGACACUGAGGACUGGUGCAGUGUAUUACCAGGAGCAGGGAGGGGUGUGGCAGUGAUAGUAACAGAGUCAGUAAUAUCCCGGUUUGCGGAGGACCUCCAUCAGCUGAGAAUGAUAGACUACACAGCUACACAAGGAACCGGUACUACUGAGGAAUACCAAGUAGAGUGGAGUGGCAAGAACGUUGGGACGAUGCGGAUACCGACUAAGGAUCACGAGGUACUGAAGAACUUCCAGGUCACCUUCAGAGUGACGAGCACUGCUGCCCCCUCUGUAGUCAUUAACCCUGAGGGCGUCGCUGUUUACUCUCAACUCAGGGCUCGAGUAACUCUGGUAGGAACCAACUCAAUGCUGAUAAAGGUGGAAAUACACACCAGUCUCAAGUUCACUGGGACGCUCGCCUUCGUCUUCGAAGAUGGUGUCUACCUCCUGGUCCCCGAGGUUACCGGGAGCUCGGACAUUACUAACGCUAAGUUCACGAUGGGCGGAAGUGCAACAAUGCAGGUACCGGAACCCAUAGUUCAAGAGGUGGAGAGACAGCUGGACGAGAUGCUUGGAGAAAUGUUGCCAGCGUUGAUCAGGGAGGAGCUGAAGACAGGCUACCCUCUGAACAUCCCGGACAACUUGCUCAUCAACGACGCAACAAUACAGUACAAGGAGGACUACAUCCUCAUUACUGCUGACGACGUAGUGGUCAACCUCUAAACAGAGCGCUCCUUAUAUGGGCAUCACGUUAUAUAUUAUAUUCACGGCACUAAGCAGCCCAGAUCAAGGACUGUAACUAUUUUAUUAUCAAUGAUAAUAUUAUUAAAGGGAAUAAAUUUGAAGCGUAAACGUUUGCACUAAAAAAGACAAGGGACCGUAGGUUAUGUUGCUGAUCGACAAUUUUUCAUGUACCAAAAUUUGCAUUAUCUAACGAACUAUUAUAUAAUCUAGGUAAACUAUAGGUAAAAAUAUAAUAUUAAUCAUAAGCUAAAAUGUACUAAUCUUUGUAUUCUAAAUGGGGAAAAGAAGAAACAUUGUCAGUCAGUCGAGAAAAUUGUCAGUCAGGCUAUAUGGCAGCUUUGUAGAUGUUGUGACUAUGCUAGUAGUGGUCCCAGGCUUGCGACUGGAAUUGCGGUGUUAAAUCGAUUUAAUUUUAAACUAGUAUUAACGGAACUAGUAUUACUCAGAUGGUGGUUUAAUGAACCUGCAAAUUUUAUUAUUUAUAUUUAUAAAUUCUAAAACUCUAAAACGUAUAGUAUUUAUAAAGUUAAAAGCUUCUACAAUUCGAAAUUAUCAUGUUUAGUUUUUUAUUAUUAUUUUUGAUUUCCAUUGCAAAGAGCUUAAUAUCAA